UCUUUCACUACACUUGGGAGAUUUUUAGAUAUUUCAAGACUCACUUUGCCUUGGACACCUCAGUUUCAGGGGAGCUAUUGAUUCUUACUGUUUUGUGCUUCUGGGUCUUUGAAUUUUGAAGUUCCAACCAUGGCUUCCAUUGUUCUUAUUUCAUUCUUAAUUUUCAUAUCCACCCUCCUUAAUGGUUAUGUGCACUGCCAGAAGCCCCCAAUUGUGAACGUUGGUGCAGUCUUUACAUUUGAUUCUGUGAUCGGUAGAGCAGCGAAAGGAGCCAUGGAAGUUGCAGCUGCCGAUAUCAAUGAGGAUUCAACCAUUCUUAAUGGGACCCAACUCAAUUUAAUAAUGGAGGAUUCAAACUGCAGCGUUUUCAUGGGGUCCAUUAAAGCUUUUCAAGUGAUUGAGAAAGAAGUGGUGGCCAUUAUUGGACCACAAUCUUCAGGAACAGCUCAUAUGAUCUCAACCAUUCUCAAUGGACUCCAAGUGCCUCUUAUCUCAUUUUCUGUCACAGACCCAACUCUCUCUACCAUUCAAUUUCCCUUCUUUAUACGAAGCACACAGAGUGAUUUGAGCCAAAUGGCAGCCAUGGCUGAUUUGAUUGACUAUUAUGGGUGGCGGAAGGUCAUUGCUGUGUAUGUGGAUGAUGAUUAUGGAAGGAAUGGGAUAUCUGCUCUAGAUGAUGCACUUGCAGAGACAAUGUCAAAGAUUUCUUAUAAAGUGGCAUUUGCACCUGGAGCCAAUCUUAGUCAAAUCUCUGAUUUGCUUAAUAAAUCCAAAUUGAUCGGGCCACGUGUUUACGUUGUUCAUGUUAGUCCUGAUUCAGGUCUCACAAUCUUCUCCAUAGCCCAACACCUUCAAAUGAUGACCAGUGAUUAUGUGUGGUUUGCAACAGAUUGGCUUUGUGCUGCAUUAGAUUCAAUGUCACAUCUGAAUCAAACAUCACUCCACCUGCAAGGGGUAGUUGCACUCCGUCAGUAUAUUCCACAAUCCUGGCCACAGAAGGCCUUCAUGUCUCGCUGGAGAGAGUUACAUAGAAAAGGUUUAGUAAGUUCUUGGUUGAAUGCAUAUGGAUUUUAUGCUUAUGAUACAGUUUGGGCUGUUGCACAUUCUAUUGAUGCAUUCUUGAAUGAAGAUAGAAAUAUCACUUUCUCUUUCAAUAAGAAGUUACAUGAUCUCGACGCAACAUCAAUGCAGCUGGAAGAGCUCAAAACUUUUGAUGGGGGCAGCAUUCUCCUUGAUAAGUUAUUGCAGACGAACUUCACAGGUUUAACUGGUGCAGUUCAAUUUGAUACAGACAGGAACCUCAUUGGUGAUGGUUAUGAAAUUGUUAAUGUUGACAAAGCAGCACUCCAUAGGAUUGGUUACUGGUCUAACUAUUCAGGUCUUUCGAUUGAACCACCGGAGACAUCAAAAGAACGGGGACAGCGUACCCAUUCCGGUUUUGAUCAGAAGCUGAACAAUGUCACCUGGCCUGGUCAGCAGACAGAAAAGCCUCGUGGGUGGGUGAUUGCAGACAAUGAAAGACCAUUGAGAAUUGGAGUGCCAAAACGAGUUAGUUUCACUGAAUUUGUAAACGAAAAUCAUAGCAGUCAAAAAAUUGAAGGGUAUUGUAUUGAUGUGUUUAAUGCAGCUCAGGAACUAAUCCCCUAUGCAGUUCCUUACAAAUUUGUGCCUUUUGGAGAUGGUCACUCCAAUCCCAGUUAUGAUGAACUAGUCAGAAAGGUUGCAGAAAAUGUUUUUGAUGGAGCUGUUGGGGACAUUACUAUCUUCACAAACCGGACAAAGACUGCUGAUUUUACUCAGCCUUAUGUUGUAACAGGUCUUGUAAUAGUAGCUCCAAUAAAAAAAUCAAGUGCUUGGGUAUACCUCAGGCCAUUUACUGUGGAGAUGUGGUGCACCACUACAGCAUUUUUUGUCUUGAUUGGAGUGGUUAUUUGGAUACUUGAGCAUCGUAUCAACAAUGACUUCCGGGGCCCACCUAGACGACACCUUAUAACUAUGCUCCUGUUUAGCUUCUCAACACCAUUUAAGACAAAACAGGAAACCAUGAGCAUACUUGGGCGGAUAGUGAUGAUGAUAUGGCUUUUCUUACUGAUGGAGGUCAUGGCAAGCUACAAAGCAAGUUUGGCUUCGAUUCUUACUGUCCAGCACCUGUCAUCACCAAUCACAGGAAUUGACAGUUUGAUUGCAAGCAAAUGGCCUAUUGGUUAUCAAGUUGGUUCAUUUGCUAGGAGCUAUCUGAAAGAAAGUUUUAACAUACCUUCUUCAAGGCUGAUUCCUCUUGGCACACCAGAAGAGUACAAAAGGGCACUGCAGCGUGGGCCAAGCAAUGGAGGGGUGGCAGCAAUUGUGGACGAGCUUCCAUAUGUGGAGUUGUUUCUAUCAAAACAGGCAGACUUCGGUAUCAUCGGACAACAGUUUAGCAAUAAUGGAUGGGGAUUUGCUUUCCAGAGAGGCUCUCCUCUUGCUGUUGACAUGUCUACGGCAAUCCUCAAACUAUCUGAAAGUGGAAAACUCCAAGAGAUCCAUGACAAGUGGUUUUGUAAGAUAGGCUGUGCCAUACAGGGAAGACACCAAUCUGAUCCUAACCAACUCAAGCUAAGCAGCUUCUGGGGUCUCUAUCUUCUCUUUGGGGCUCUCAUGGUCACCGCCUUUCUUGUAUUUAUAAUACAGAUGGUUCAGCAGUUUGUUCAAUACAAGCGGAAACAGAGGGAACUUACUUCUCAUGCUUCUGACCCAUCAAUUGCUCGCUGUUCUCAGGUCAUCUAUAAUUUCCUUCACUUCGUUAUUGAGAAGGAAGAAGCCAUGAAGAAAAUGUUUAAGCAGUGUGACAACCCUGAACCCCGGGCAAGUUGAUUGAUGGUGCAGAUACUUGUUGAGGAUUUGAGAUUGUCAAAUUUGAUUCAUGCACCUGGAAGAGGCUAGAAUUCAGAGGGUUUUCAUUGGAGAACCUCUAGUAAGAUUUGUAGGUGAUCAUGUAUAAUUUAGAACUAGAAGGAGAAGGGAAAAAAGACGAGGAAAAUUGACUUGUAAAAACUUGGAUGGCCAUAUGGAAAUGUGCUCUCCAUAGAUGCUAGGUAAUGCAUUGACAUACAAAAAUCUGGGAGUUCUAAUACUCUCCUAUCUUAAGGUUCAUGAUCUAACAUCCAUAUAUGAAGAAUGUAACUAUUUAUUCCCCAAUAUGUUAUAAAAUGCCAAAGUUUCCGGUUUAACAAAAGGAUCAAUUCUGUUA